AUGUCCAACUUUAUGCACAAAGUCAAGGACGCCAUGACCGACCCGCAUGACAAGGAUACUCGCGGCUGGAGAGCAUCUAACCGCGAUCAGACCGGAUCAUCGAACCCUUCCACAAUGGAUCAGGGUGCGAACCAGUAUAGCUCUUCUGGCAUGGACCCUUCUUCUGGCGGGCGCCCUACUACUCAAGACUCUGGCCCUCGCUUUGGCCAAGAGACGGGUGGUCAGCGCGACACCAGGUUCGAUGAUACGCGGAACCGAGGCGAUUCCUCGAACACCGGGGUAGAUGAUAGCGCUCGAGCGGGCUCUGAUCCCUACGGAACCAUCAAUGCUGGUCCGCACGAGUCGAAGACAGCCAACAAGCUGGACCCUCGUGUCGAUAGUGAUCUAGAUAACCGCGCCCGAAACACGAGAGCCACGGGCUCCCAAAAUCCGAACUACGCCGCCCAAACCGGUCAGCGCGGCAUGGGAACUGGUCAGCGCGGCAUGGGCACUGACGAACAUGCGUCGAGCGAGGACAACUUUAGCAGCUCCAAGCAGGAACACAAAACUCACGCCCAGCCCGACCCCGCCGGGCUCGACAAUCAAAGCAGUGAGGACAAAUUUAGUAGCUCUACCCAGGAACACAAAUCCCACUCCUCCCAGAAGCAUACGGAGCCUUGCGACAUGAAUCCCCAAGCCGAGGCAGGCCUCGAGGGUCGGACCGGUCAGCCACAGUUCGGUGGCGGCGCAACUGGUGGCAGCAGCUAUCACGACCCCAGCGCAGGCGCCCGAGAGCCAUCUGCUCCUCAGAAGUCCGAGCGCCUCAAUAAACUUGAUCCUCGGGGAGUGAACCGCGCGGAUGAGCAACAAAAUGUUGGCAAUCAGCGGGGCGGAUACUAA